AUGAUCCCUUGGUUCAUCAUGAGGGCAGGAGUUUGGCCCGGGACCAGUUCCACGUAUCAGCCUUUGAUUAGUGUGUCGACUGAGUUGCCCGAGAUGUGCGGGAGGCAGACCUCAGUCCCAGCUGCCAGAGAGAUCGAGAUUUUGGAAUGGGAGAAGAGGGACAAGAGUGGCGGUAUCGAUAGGUCCUCAGCAUCCCUGGAUGGGCAGGGUUGGAAGGGCACGGUAGACAGGCCGGGACCGUGGUUGGGAGGUGCGAGCAUCCCGAGGCCUCGAUGGAGGAGUCCGAUGUCAAACAGCGGUGAUGAUAGAGGAGGCGGGGAAAAUCGGUGA